AUGUUGAUUAGAUUAACUGCUCUGAGGUAUGAGAUUUGAACGGUCACAGUUCAUAUGCUUAAAUGGGUGUGGAUGGAACGAUACAUUUGUCUUGGUGACCAGUACCAAAGAGCUGGAUGGUGAAAAGGUUUGUUUUUGGGCAAAAGUGUAAAGUAAAUGACCAGACGCUGACAUCAUUGGCAGGACGACGCAUCCCAUGACUUCAUGUGCGACCCGGUCCUUGGCCUGAGAGCGAGGGUCUCCUGGCUGUGUGGAGAAAAGGUCAGGUUGGCUUCUGUGCCUGCUGCGCUCCUGAGUACCUGAGAACCUCCCAAACACUUUAUGCAGUCUACCUCGGCUCAACGAGAGCACUUAGUUAAACACCGACUUUAAAGGACCUGAACCGCCACUCGUUGCACGGAUGGAGCCUUUUUAAAAAUGUGAUCGCUUUUUCACAGGAAACAACUUGGGUCAUUUGUGUUGAAAUAACCACCAAAGUGCCCUCACCUCUGCACACAAGUUUCGCAAAGCCGACGGCGGCUUCUCGUUUUACACAAACGGACCAUUUACGUUGACGGUCCAAAUACGCCCCGCGUUCACGAUUACAUGCGUGACAUUCCAAAUGAUUUAGUGGGAUACCUACACAUUACAGCACCAUUAAUACCAUACCAAACCCGACCUAAAACACAAGCCACGUUAGCACGUUGGUGUCCCCGUUAGACCGCUACUCUAUGAGAGACUGCACCGAUUAACCAGCUUACCACAGACCUUUUCCUACAGGUCACCAUGCAGACGGUUUCCAUUGGAAACCUCCUUUGAAGGAGCAAAUAGAAAUGCAUUCAUAUGCAAUGGCUCUCUCAAAUAGAAUAGGGUGAUGAGUACCCUUGUAACAAGGUUGUUGGACUGUAAAAACAAAUAUUGAGCAGCGGUCCGAACAGAGGCCUAUUUUCCAACCAGAGGCCAUGCAUAUGGAUUAGUCGAAAGCACCUACAAUGCCAGGAUUAAAGAAAACCUCCCACUCAAAUUUGUCUCUGCAUAAAAAUCAAUUACUGAAAUAUGAUCACAAAGGCCAGUUCAGACCCGUAGUUUUGGCAAAUAAAAGAAUCGUGCACUCGCCGAUUCAAUCUCUUGUGCAUUAACCUUUAGCCGCAGCUGAGAGAGAGGUGUUGAAUAAAACGCUAUUGAUUCUUAAGCCGAAAGGUUAAUCUAAUUUAGCAAGGGCAAGUAAGCAUGCAUGUUGUGUAUGUAGGGAGUGGCAUGGUUUCAUCAGCCAGAACAUCAAAACAUAUAGCAGCAAAAAUAAGGCUUAUCUGGAUACAUAUUAGUACACGCCAGUGUUUUAUGUAUCAUUGAGACUCCUCGCUUUACUGCAGAGACCAAAUGUCAGUGUUGUGAGGCUGUUCUUAUCAAAGUAAAUGUUUUAUAAAGGAGAAUUAUUGAUUAUUUGUUUGCCGGGUGAGAAUAUUAAUAUUUUUUGUUAAUAGUGAUUAGCGUAUACCGGGUUAAAUAUUCAUCAUGGGUUAUUUGUGAACAGCUGCGUUUGGAGACGCCCGAUGUGGGGUCAGUCUUUAAAAAAAAAAAGAAGUAAUAUAAGUAACUAUUAGCAGCCUCUCCUGCAGUGUUACAGACCUAAUAUGAGUUAACAUAGAAUUUUUUUCCCACUUUAUCCCUCAAAAGCAAUUCUUUGGAGAAACCGAACGCUCUGAAAUCCUAAUAGGCUGCGUCACAUGAAAAGAGAGGGGGGGGGAGGCGGCAAGUUUUCUGAUAAAAAAUAUAUUCCAUUCCCCCUUUGUUUGAAAUAACACAAGCUAUUUUUACUGACUAAGACAAAAAAUACUCAUUACCCUUUUACAGGUGUGACCUUUAUUGAGGCAAAGCGAUCCUCGCACACUUCCCCCUCGGUCAGGGCUCAUAUUGGAGAUUCUGAAAGCAUUUGUCAGAACGAGGUCUUCUAUGGGAGCAUGAACAUUCAGUUCCCACCGUACAUUUCUUCCUUAUGAUGAAUGCUUCUCAGACUGACUGGCGUUUCCCGUGUGGCACACCAAAACCCUCAAAGAAAGAAAAAAAAAAAACGACACUUCAGCAAACUGAAAGUGCUCUCUCUCUGAGAAGGUUUUACAUGGUAGUUUCCAAUACUGCAUGCACCAGUACUUCUUUUUUGUGGCUUCGUUUUUUUUCUUUUCUUUUAGGGGUGGGUAAUGGAUGUUAGCAUGAAGACUGUAAUAUGAUGUCAUUGACCUACAACCGGGAGGCAAAUAGCCGAUGGAAGAAGGCAUCUGCAACAUGACAAUGGACUCCAACUCGAUGACGAUGCCCAUGUCCGACCCCAACCCCUGGGCAACGGCCAUGAACAACCUGGGGAUGCCUCCCAUCGGGAUCACCGGACAGCAACUCAUGCCAGAGUUUGAUCCCAGCCUCGGCAUGAUGGCUGGAAUUAACCCCCUGAAUCCCAUGAUGCCCGGUCUCGGCAUGGGGCCCCCGCCGCUCUCCCAGGACGUGCCCAUUAUCAAGGAGAUCAUCCACUGCAAGAGCUGCACCCUGUUCCCCCCCAACCCAAAUUUCCUGCUAGAAAAGUUUCUGCCUGGGGACUUUAUUCAAACAAGUCUUACAAGUCAUCUUCAAGACCUUCCGCCUCCCGCCACCAGGGACCGCCCCCCAGGGUGUAAGACGGUGUUUGUCGGCGGUCUGCCCGAGAACGCCACAGAGCAGCUCAUCAUGGAGGUCUUCGGGCAGUGUGGCGAUAUCACCGCCAUACGCAAGAGCAAGAAAAACUUCUGCCAUAUCAGAUUUGCCGAAGAGUUCACUGUGGACAAGGCUCUCUUUCUGUCUGGUUACCGUAUACGCCUGGGCUCGAGCACAGACAAAAAGGACACAGGCCGUCUCCACGUGGACUUCGCCCAGGCCAGAGACGACCUCUAUGAGUGGGAGUGUCGCCAGCGAAUGUUCGCCAGAGAGGAGCGGCACCGGCGCAAGAUAGAGGAGGAUCUUCUGCGGCCGCCCUCCCCUCCUCCCAUCGUCCACUACUCGGAGCACGAGUGCAGCCAGCUGGGAGACAAGAUCAAAGACGACGGAAAGUUUCCCGAAGCAGUGCGUGUCCUUCUGACCUGGCUGGAACGAGGUGAAGUCAACCGCAGGAACGCCAACAACUUCUACUCCAUGAUCCAGUCCUCCAACGGCCACAUCCGCAGGCUGACGGGCGAGAAGAGUCAGCACGAGAAGGAGGUGGAAGAGGCCAAAGAAAAGUUCAAGACCGCUCUGGCCGGCAUAGUUGGCCAAUUUGAGCAGAUUGUGUCUGUAUUCCAAGCUGCUUCCAAACAAAAGGCAUGGGACCAUUUCUCCAAAGCUCAGCGCAAGAACCUGGACAUGUGGCGCAAACAAGCAGAGGAGAUUAGAAACAUGCACAGCGAGCAGCUGAUGGGCAUCAGGCGAGAGGAGGAGAUGGAGAUGUCGGACGAUGACAUGGAGGACUCCCCUGACAGCAAGCACUCUGAGGACUCUGGUGUUUCCCAAGCGGAGGCCUUAAAAGAGGAGAACGACUCUCUGCGCUGCCAGCUGGACGCCUACAGGAACGAGGUGGAGCUGCUCAAACAGGAACAGGGCAAGAACCAUCCAAUGAGCAGCGAGGAGGACGCCACGCACUCACAGCAGCUCAACUUCCUGCAGCAGGCCCUGCAAGGCAUGCAGAAGCAACUGUUAAAAAUGAGGGAUGAAUUAAAGCAGCGGGAGACAGAGCUUGAGAAGAGUUUGGAGGACAAACAGCAGCUGAAUAACCAAGUGCAGAACCUGAAGGAAGGACUCCAGAACCUCCAAAACACACAUGCCAUGGAGCUGGAGCAGUUGAAGCAAGACGACCGAGGCGGCGAGGAGAGCGCCAAUCAAACCAGCGAAGCCACCGUUUCAACAGUGGUGUUCUGCAGUCAGGAGAAGGAAGGGCCUACAGAGAAGAAUCCUCCGAGUCCUGUCCACUCGGAGAGGGAAGCCCUGCUCGUCGGGAUCAUCUCGACGUUCCUGCACGUCCACCCGUUCGGAGCCAGCAUCGAGUACAUCUGCUCCUACCUGCAGCGCUUGGACACCAAGAUCAACACCGGCGAGGUGGAGGCUCUUCUCUCUCGGCUGCCUUGCACCUUCCGACAGGAGCUGACCGGCGUCGGCGCCAGUCUGGAGAAACGCUGGAACUUCUGCGGCUUCCAGGGCAUCAAGAGCACGUAGACUCUUCUGGGAAACGGAAGAGACGAGACGGCUUAUGGGGACACUGUAAAGAUGCAAAAGACACAGUAUAAAGCCCACAAAUAUCAAAGACAGACUGUAAGGACACCGAAGACUGAGCACACAGCUCGGAUGAGGAGCAUUUCAGGGACUCUGUGGGGGGCGGAGAUGUAAAAAAAAUAAUAAUAAUAAAUCCACGGUCACGUGAAGGUUGACGGCAAAACCGCUGCGGCAAACUCUUGGCGAGCUUGAACUGUGUCUGCUCAAUGUUUCUUAGACAUGACGACUCUCCAGAAGGCCGCCGGCCCCCUGCAGUCACUGGAUUAUCACGUAGUAAUCGCCCACACGGGCGGGUGUAGUGCUUUCUGAGCCUGGGGGCGGCUCCGAGCAGCCGGGGGCCGCGCCGCCGGCCAGAGGACGUUCACGUAGUCGCCGGGGGCUACGUGAACGCGUGAAAACUCCCGACCCUUUUGUCCUCCAGCGUGCCGGCUUUUGCAGGUCCUGGUUUGUAAAAUAGAUUAAAAAUAAUGGAUAUAUUUCUUCAUUUUCUGUAAAGGCGGUCAACAGUUGCAUAGAAUUAUUUGUUGUUAUACACUGUAAAUGCUUGGAUGAUAUUUUGAUUAUAAAAAGUUGAAUAUAAAAAAAAAAAAAUGUUUUUCUUCGUUCUCACUUUACACUAUGUCCUCUGAGAAAGUGCAUCCAUGUUUGCACCCAUUCUUUCUUGUAGGGCAUUGUUGUGUUUGUGAUGUGUACCUUUCUCUCCUCACGGAGGCUGAUUGUUGAAACCUUACAUAAGGCCAUUUGUGUCCCUCAAAAGAAAAAUGAAGCCGGGGACUGAAGGCACAGCAGCGUC